CACAACUUCUUUUUAGCCUUGAGGCUAGACUUAUCCAGUUCAUACCUACGCCGGCUGCAGUUUCCAAUAUCGGCGAUUUACGGCGUGUCACCGGAACGUCCGCGGCCCCGAUUUCAAUCGCCGGGAUAAGCUGAAAAACAUCUCAGCCCAUUGGCUUUGCCAUAUCCCGAGAUGGCUAGUCUUCGGACCCUGUCGGACGCUGAGAUACGUCUCUUUAACCAAGUCUGCGGGGCUGUAAAUGCCACGAGCGAAAGUCAAAAAGACCUGCUCAAGUCUUUUAUCUAUGGCGAGUUAACUCCCGAAUGGACCUGCUUGAUGGCAUUGGCAGAAUCGGACGGUCCCUUGAGUGUGUUAUCAGAGGACGAGUUGAAGUAUCUAAACUCCCUUCGGUCAGCAACGCGUGGACACGGAUCAGCAAAAUCUCGUGGAGAAGCAGAUAUAUUUUCUGAUAUAUCAUUCAGUCAGAAGGUCGUUGACCAUGACAUGAUUAAGGCUGCUCUUCAUGAUGUCCACCAAUAUAAUAACGUUCUCGAGAAGCUCCUCGUGAAAUACAAAGACUAUGUACAUCGCAGUAUUGCCAAUUUACAGCGACCACUAGAAUCUAGUGAUGAAGCAUCUAUAGUGAAGCAGAAGAUCCUUAUACUGUCACGUAGAAAAGAUCUGCUUAAAUCGAAGAUACACUCUCUAGAAAAUAAAAUAAACCACCAUACGGAUCAACUAGAAGGAACCAAUCAAACAGAAACUAGUUCGUCGGAGACAGAUAACAACGAAAGGUUAAAUUCUGUUGCUCCGAAGCAAGUUUUUGGAUCCACGAUUGCAUCCUACGAUCAUAUCCUCAGUAGGUUAAAUGCUCUACAUGGAGAGCUAGGCAACGAUGCUGUUGAUGACGACGAGAUCCUUCGAAUAGCUAAACGCCAUGCAAACCAGAUCGUGUUGUCGCUAGCUACAAAAUGCCGUGCAUCUUUAGAUAGCGUCUUUCUCGAAACUGCUUCUACUUCUAGUAAGCGCGUUUCUUUCCCACCUGAAAACGCACAGGCUGUUAAGGAUGAGCGCGAUGAUGUAUAUGCGGAAAUCCAGUCACUGUGGGAGGAGAUGGUACCACUCGCGCAUAUGGUAGUAGAGAAAGAAUAUCUUAAAUCUAUCCUAGGGAAGAUCGAAACGCGUUCUGAACGUCAGAAUAUACGCGAUGCGACCGUGUCCCGUUAUACAUAUGCCAUGCUUAAUUUUAUGAAUGACCGCCUCUCCGUCCUAGCAGAUCGUACCAAGAUGCUAGCUUAUCAUCACCAAUCCCUUCUUGACACAUUGACAUAUAUAAAUAAUGCAACAAGGCCUGAUCCGGCCAAGGACCUAAGCAGGAAUCCCCCCUCAGACCAAAAUAAGGGAAGCACCAAGAUGAAAGACCGCACAUUGCUUGACAUCAUUCGACGUCAGAUGGAACUCUACGGCUCGGUCCCGAUAGAAGUCGACAAAACCAACGCGCUCACAACAUAUAUGCAAAUUAGAAAGCUCGAUCAAUAUGUCACUGCACGACAGAAAAAAGGACAUGAUCUCUCAAGAAACAUACAUGAAUUCUUCGAGAAGGUCGCCAAGGCCGAGCUUACAGAUGCAGAACUGGGGUCUCAACUUCUCCUAGAUUCCAUCAUAGCGGACAGCGCAGCCAGCUCUCAAAGGGGUGGCCAUGUCUAUGAAGACCAGCAAGUUGAGGACUCGGUUGCCACACUCAAGUCUCAAGCCGAGGAAAUCAAAACGGUCUUUAGAGAACUCAGAGUGGACGAACCUACUUCCCCGAUGUCAGCUCCUGACUUCGUCACAUAUGCUCACAACCAGGCAGCGAAGCAGUUCUCCAUCAAGGAGAAUGGAAGCAUUCCUCUCUCUGGAGCUCAAGAACAAUGUCCUCGAUUCAUAGAUCUCGUGCGUAACUGGGGCGAUUCGUCUAAUUUUUCCCACUAAGUCGUACGACGCUUUAAGAACAGCCGGUCCUGUUUAAACCAUAUUGUAUACCCCAAUCCACUUUGACUUCGACGAUAUGGACCAAUACAAUGUCCGACGUAUAAUGCACCUCAUUCUCUAUCCUAUCCUCCGAUCUUAAUGGCCUAGAAACCAGAACCUUU